UUGCAAUGCUUAAUGAACCACUAGGGGUCCCCAGACUGUCCGCAGACUAUAAGUUAUUCCACAAAUGAAAGCAACUGAAAAUGAAUUAUAAAACCAUAUCUCUGAUAUUCAAAAUCUCUCUCAUCUCCUGGUAAACCUUCAUAUAAACAAAGACUUAUUUUGAAUUGUGCUGUUCAACAAACAUUUGUAGGUCUGUUGAUAUGAGUUUGAAGGACUACCUGGCAUUUAAAACUGUGUUUCAGGUGCUGUGCUUCCAGUAGGAGGUCUCAUGCUGGGUGAAUCCUUCAUUGAGCCCUUGAGUGGCAGGCUGGUGCGCACUGGUGGAGGCAGCAUUCGAGGAGGGAAAGUUGUACCACAUGCAGGGGGUUUCCAGUCUCUACUGGACAGCCAAGCUCUUUUUGCACGGGUGCGGGUAGUGGAGCUGAUACGGGCCUCCUGUGAAGAGUGGAAAUCUCGGGGUCAAGAACUCCAAAAUGAGAUUAGCAGGGUGAAGGCAGCUGCCGCAGAUUUGGAGCAAGCUUGGAGGAACAGUCAGCACUGCAUGCUUCAGCUGCUUAGUUGUCUGGAGGCUCAGCAGGAGUGGGCCUGGUGGGUGGCUGAAGAUGGGGGCUGUCUAGGUGAGAUCAAUCUGCCCAACAGUGAACUAUCCCUGCCUGCUCUGCCAGGCCUGGAAUAUCCGGAUCCUGGGGGUUCUGGCUUAUCCGUCCCUGUUCUCGGAGAACAGCUGGAUUGGAUGUCAGGGUGUAUGGUGCCACUUGCUGGAACCAUGGAAGAUGCAGAUGGCAAGGGGCUGGUUCCUAUCCGCUUUGGGGCAUGGACUGUAGACCCUGUAACAGGAGUUGUAGCUCCGGUGGUCGGAGCUCGGCUAGACGUGUGGAAGAGGACUGUAGUCCCAGUGACUGUGUCCCAGUUCCUGAGCAUAAGAGAGACCCCAGACAAUGUGCUGGUAGAGGCCUUACAGAAGGAGUGCAGCAUGAGGGCCCAGUUCUGGAGACAGCAGCGAGUAAAGGAGGAGGAACUAGUGGCAAAUUUAGACAGAGCUCAGCGAGACUUCCUUUAUACAUGCUUACAGGAGGAGUCAGAUCAUUUUGUGUGGACAGACACAGAGAAGCAAAUAAAGGAGUCAGCAGCAGAGCUUCAGGAUGCAGUCAAUAAAGAGGCUCAGAGAAGAAACGCUGUGAAGUCAGAGCUCUCUCUGCUGCUGCCCGGACACAUCCUGCUGACUCUUACUGGAGGUGAUGAAGAAGAGUGGAAGCAGCAGCGUCAGUGGCACACUGAACUGACUGCAGUUUUGAACAGAGUCAGUGUGUUAAUGGCAAGGCAGCAGUGGGAGCAAGAUCGGUCCACAAAUCUGGGUGAUGAGCAACCGGAUGAAAAGACAAGGCAAAAGGAGCUGUGGGAGCAAUUAAAGCAGAGACAUGCCGAGCUCGAUGUUGCUCUUUCUUCAGUACACUGGGCCUGCGAGCUCAGCCAGCUCCGUGCUGAUACUGCUGAGGCCAUAUUAUCAGGCUCAUUCUCAUAUAGGGAUUAUGGUAUGGUUCAGGCUCGAAGGAGAAAAAACCCUCUGAAAGCGAUGGUGCUGACUCAGCACAAAAUUCUCCCUCAGCUGAAGCACCUCAUUCAGCUGCUUGAGGAUGGCAAACUUUCCAGUCUCUUCAUCGGCACCCAGGGCCAUCAGAGCUCAGACCUGCCAAUGAAGCAGGCUUUUGACAGGGACACAAGCUCAAGAGCAUGGACUGUGUCAGUCCCUGUAGCUAAAGAUGCCAAUAGGUUUUGCUUUGCAGCAGUUUCUGCUUUGCAGCAGUUUCAUGUAAAGGCUUCAUCUGUGGGCGAGCUGAAUGGCUUAAAGCCUGUAUUGUCCAGAACAUCACCUACACACACAGAACAGGUUGUAAGCCCUGCUCAAAUCCAGGAUGCCCAAAAUCUCAAGGAGACAGUUCUCAAGGAGAUAGUCCCCAAACUGUCAGGUGAGGACUGGGAGAGUUUGCUGGAAAUCUCUCCACUCUUCCGGCUUAUGCAAGCUGUGGAACAGCGGCUCGGUGACCAAGCAAAAAGAGCAGGCCUUCACAGUGGCGAGCACACAGGUUCAUGGUGCCCCUUUAUCGAUUUCUUGGAUGCGCAGUAUGAUUGUGAGGGAGAGCUUGUCAAAGUUGCUGAAGACACACUUAAUCCCCGGGAGUUUCUCAUCUAUCAGCACGGCCAGCUUCUUCUCCAACUGCUACACAAACACAGAGUGGCACCAGCAGUGAAAUUACACCUUGCCUCAAGUCUUCCUACAAAUAACUACCACUGCAAUGCUUUCCGCAAUUCCUUUUAUUACCAGGAGAUGGAUAACACUCUGUACGUGCGCCAGCAGAGGCUGCAGUCCGUCGGAGGUUUCUCUCUGCUGCUUCUGCACUGUGCUGCUCAUAUAUCCACCGGCCAACUCAACGUUGACACAACUGCUGAUUUCCAAAGGGCUUUCUUUAAGGUCCUUCAAUUGUGUCUAAGUGAGUUGUUCCAUGCCAGAUUGGAGCUUGAUGCAGCUGAAGGAACAAAACAAAGCACUGACUCAGCCCUUAAUAGCCUCGUUCUCAACAGAGUGCUGGCUCGAGACCCAGGAACAGUGUCUGAGAACCUGAAUGAGGUGGCCAGGCUGCUAGAGAAGCACAAAGAAAGUUCAAUGUUCAGGAAAGUUGAAUGCCUGCUGAGAGAUACGAACCUGGAGGUCAGCCCAAACGAUGGGGAACUGCCAAUUAAACAUGGAGCAGAAGGCCAGGACGCUGCACCAGAGUGAAGUGAUGAAUCAGUCUUGAAAUAUGAGCACUGCUACCUUUCAGUGAAUGUGACAGAACCAACUAUCACAUCCAAACUAUUGUAGGAUGCUCCAUGGGAGACAGAUGGCAGCCUAGAUGAUGGCUGUGUUUUGGAUUGAGGAGAUUUGGGCAACUUCAAAAAAGAAGCACAAUGAAUAUAUUUUACACAAAGUGGAAUAA